UGAACCGGUUAACGGAGGGAGGCAGAUACUCAGACGAGGCAACAGCCAGAAACUACUUCUAGUCUGCAACGAAGAAUAUCUGCACGUUUUCGGAGCAAAAUGGAGAAGAAAAUCGCGGAUUUUUCGGGAAAAUGGACGAUGAAGUCUUCGGAGAAUUUCGAGGAGCUUCUGAAAGCCCUGGGUGUGAAUGUAUUUCUAAGGAAGAUAGCAGUAGCAGCAGCUUCCAGCCCAGCAGUGGAAAUCACCCAGCAGGACGAAAGUCUGUCCAUCAAAACAUCCACCAGUGUUCGAACCACCCACGUCUCCUUCACCGUGGGUCAGUCCUUCAAUGAGACCACUGUGGAUGGACGUCCCUGCACGAGUGUCCCUAAGUGGGAAACAGACACAAAGAUCAGCUGUGAACAGACUGUACAGAAAGGCGAUGGACCAAAGACAUCAUGGACCAGAGAGCUAACCAACGAUGGAGAACUGAUACUGACGAUGACUGCAGGGGAUGUUGUCUGCACCAGAGUUUACAGGAGGGAGUGAGGAAAUUUCCUCAAGUCUGUUGCACAAUCCUCCUGUUUUGUGCCUCAUGCAUGGUUUACAUUACUUUGCCUUGUUUUCUUCUUGGCUAAGUCAGAUGUCGGUCAGAUCUUGCUCUGACAGUUCAUUGUGUAAAGUCUACAGUUUACAUGAAUGAAUGAUGGUGGACCAGUAGUAGCUUUUGGUACACAUACUCUGAACUUACUCUUUAUGUAUAGAUACAUUUCCAACAUUCCUCUUUUUAGAAACUCUAUUGCAGUAGCUCAACCUUUUUUCAAAAUGUCAAUAAACUUUUUAUAUGAAUCUA